AUGGCACCACACCUUCCCUCCUUCUCAUGGUUGGUCUCCAUACUGCUGGCAGCAUGGAGCUGCGUCGUGAUCGCGGCAGAUGGCACGGAAGACGACAUCAAAUCGAUACCCCUGCGCACGCACAGCAUAGCAUCGCCGUACCUCGACUACGACAUGCAAUCGCGAUGGUGGGACUAUGGAGGCACGACUGUGAUCCGAUCCGAUAGAUAUGUCCGCCUAACAGGACAAUACCCAUCGCAAUCCGGCUGGCUGUUUAGCCGCGUACCUCUGACCGCAACCAACUGGGAGAUUGAACUCGAGUUCAAGAUUGGUGGAACGGGGAGUCUGCACGGAGAUGGAAUGGCAAUGUGGGUGACAAAAGACCGGGCGGAGAUGGGAACGGUAUUCGGCAUGAAGGACAACUUCGAAGGACUGGGCAUCUUCUUCGACACCUACAAGAACAACCGGCCGGGUGUGGUGUUCCCCUACAUUAUGGCUAUGCUGGGUGAUGGAAAGACAACGUACGACAAGGAGCACGACGGCAAGUCGAACGAGUUGGCGGGCUGCUCGGCGCGAGGACUUCGGAAUGCGGAUGUCCCUACGAAAGCCAAGGUCAGGUACUUCCAGGACAAGAAGUUGACGCUGGAGCUACAGUACAAGAAGGAGGAUGAGUGGAUUCCGUGUUUCGAGGUGGCGGACGUCAAGUUGCCGUCGGUGACAUACUUGGGCUUCAGCGCGGAAACAGGCGAGCUGUCGGACAACCAUGACAUUAUCAAGAUCGACACCAACAACCUGUACUCUCCAUCGGGUUCUGUUGGUACGGGUGAUGCCAAGGCGGCGAAGAGCGCGUUCACGCCUCCAAAGGUGUGGGCGCGACCCGGAGAAGGAGGAGGCUGGCGCUGGUUCUUUCUCAAGUUCAUCCUGCUUGGGAUCUUUGUGGUGGUGGCCUAUGUCGGAUGGACAGCAUAUCGGGCACGGCAGAGAGACAGGUUUUGAAGCGGGUGAAGUUGGUUGAUCGCGACUAUGUAGACUUGCUACGCCCUCACAUAUCUCAAAAGCAUCAGCAAGCAUUGUGUAUG